AUGGCGUCAAGCAGUCAAAGACAAAAUGAGACCGAAGAUGAUGAAAACGACAUCUCCAGUACCCGGUCACGAAGUGGGCAGUCGGUUUCGAGUUGGGAUGAAAAACUGCAGCGCAGCCAGUCCAUGUCCAGCAAAGCGAGCAACUAUGAGCCCAUCACGGAUGCUGAACGUGCUGAGAUCACACGGGUCGCCAGCGAGUCAAAGCCACCCGAACAGCACGGAGAAAGUCAUGACCCCGCUCUGGAUCCUUCUGAUCCCGCUUUCGACAUAUACAAAUGGGCCAGGAUGACCCUUCGAGAAGCAGAAGGUGCAAACAUCAAGCAUCGACGUGCAUCAAUCACAUUCAAGAACCUGAGCGUAUCAGGCUCUGGGAUCGCCAUGAAUCUCCAGCCGACAGUAGCGUCCUAUCUCCUUGCUCCCUUGCGCAUAGGGGAAUUGGUACGCUUUGCGAAAAAGCCACAGAGAAAGAUUCUCGCCGGCUUUGACGGCGUCGUCAAGCCCGGAGAGAUGCUGCUGGUCUUGGGUCGCCCUGGAAGCGGAUGCUCGACCCUGUUAAAGACGUUAGCUGGAGAACUCCAUGGCCUGAAAGUAGGGGAUGACUCGGUCAUACACUAUAGUGGAAUACCUCAGGACCAAAUGAUCAAGCACUUCAAGGGCGAGAUCGUCUACAAUGCCGAAGUCGACAUACACUUUCCGCAUUUGACCGUCAGACAGACCCUCGAAUUUGCCGCUGCCAUGCGUACCCCACGAAACCGAAUCUUGGGGGAGUCGCGACAAGAAAACGUCAAGAGAGCCACAGCCGUAGUAAUGGCACGAGUGAGCAUUGCUGAGAUGCUUCUCUCAUUUUCACCCAUCGGCUGUUGGGACAACAGUACGCGUGGCUUGGAUGCCUCUUCUGCUCUCACCUUCGUCCGAACUCUCAGGUUGAGUGCCGACUUGAUCGGCUCUGCCCACGCAGUUGCUGCCUAUCAGGCUUCCCAGGCGAUGUACGACGCUUUUGACAAGGUUGUGGUCCUCUAUGAGGGACGGGAGAUCUACUUUGGCCCAACCAUUCUUGCGAGAGACUACUUUACAGAGAUGGGUUGGCACUGUCCAGCUCGACAAACAACGCCUGACUUUCUGACCUCAAUCUCAAACGUGAACGAAAGAAAAACGAGAACAGGAUACGAAGAAAAGGUUCCUCGUACCGCUGUCGAAUUCGAACAAUACUGGCGAAACUCGAGCCUUUACACGUCCCUCCAAGAAGAGAUGAAGACUCACGAAGAAGAAGAUUACACCUCCGCUGCGGCCGAUGAAUUCAAAGCCGCCCGUCGUGCGGUCCAAGCGCACCAUGUUCCUCCGAGCUCCCCAUACACUGUUUCGACGCCGAUGCAAAUUCAGAUUUGCACCAAGCGAGGGUUUCAGCGUCUUUGGAACGAACGGGACAUCCGCUUCACCUUGAUCAUUGGACAAGCAAGCAUGGCCCUCAUUAUCGGCUCUAUUUUCUACGGAACGAUCAACGACACGAAUAGUUUCUUCGCCAAGAGUUCCGUUAUUUUCUCUGCUGUGUUAUUGAAUGCUCUGAUUGCAGUUACGGAAAUCAAUCGCUUGUAUGACCAAAGACCUAUCGUGGAGAAGCAAGCGUCUUACGCAUUCUACCACCCAUUCACAGAGGCGCUGGCUACUGUAGUAGCGGACCUACCAGUUCAGCUGCUCACCGCCGUCGUCUUCAACGUUGUCCUCUAUUUUCUCUCGGGGCUCAGGAGGGAAGCUGCACAGUUCUUCAUCUUCUUCCUCUUCGCCUUUCUCACGAGGAUGGCCAUGAUGGGACUUUUCAGAACUAUUGGGGCGGCGACCAAAACAGUCACACAAGCACUUGCAAUUGCUGCCGUGUUCGUCCUGGCGAUAGUGAUAUACACUGGUUUCACAAUACCUCGACCCAAUAUGCACCCUUGGUUCAAGUGGCUGUCGUGGUGCAAUCCAGUUGCAUUUGCAUUUGAGGCACUUCUGGUCAAUGAGUUUCAUGGAAGGCAAUUCCCGUGUGGCAACUUCGUCCCUGCAUAUCCAAACCUGGUUGGGGACACGUUUAUCUGCUCCGUUCCUGGCGCGAUUGUCGGUCAGUUGACGGUGUCUGGUGACACGUAUCUCGAAAAAUCUUACAGAUACAGUUACAACCACACUUGGCGGAAUCUCGGCAUAGUGAUUGCUUUCUUGAUCUUCUUCAUGAUCACUUACCUAGGAGUAUCUGAAAUCAACUCCAAACCAGACGGCAAGGGAGAAGUGUUGCUGUUCCGCCGUGGCCACGUACCACAUUACGUCGAAGAGGGGUUGAGACAUGAAAACUCGGAAGAUCCUGAGGCUUCCCUCGCAAUAACUGGGGGCCAUGACACCCAAGCUGAAGAUAUCCGGGCAAUCCCACCACAAAAGGCGAUCUUUACUUGGCGCAAUGUCAACUACGAUAUUCCUGUCAAGGACGGUGCCGGGAAGACCACACUGCUGGACGUUUUAGCACAGCGCACCUCGAUCGGAGUUGUGACGGGUGACAUGCUUGUGAAUGGAAAGCCCUUGGACCCCAGCUUUCAAAGGAAAACAGGGUAUGUGCAGCAGCAGGAUCUCCAUCUCGAGACCUCAACUGUCCGCGAAGCAUUGCGUUUUAGCGCCAUGGUACGUCAGCCGAAAUCUGUCUCAAAGAAGGAGAAGUACGAGUACGUCGAGGAAGUCAUCAAGAUGAUCAACGCCGAAGACUUCGCCGAGGCCGUGGUCGGUGUACCGGGUGAAGGCCUGAAUGUUGAGCAACGAAAACUCCUUACGAUAGGAGUAGAGCUCGCCGCGAAACCUGCCCUCCUAUUCUUCCUCGAUGAACCAACCAGUGGGCUGGACUCACAAAGCUCGUGGUCUAUUCUCAGCUUCCUCCGAAAACUUGCCGACCACGGACAAGCUGUUCUAUCGACCAUUCAUCAGCCCAGUGCGCUACUGUUUCAGGAAUUUGAUCGAUUGCUCUUCCUCACUACCGGAGGCCGGACAGUCUACUUUGGCGAAAUCGGCACCAACUCACAGACCCUGACCAGCUACUUUGAGAGGCACGGAGCCAGGCCCUGCAGCGAUUCUGAAAACGUGGCAGAGUACAUGCUGGAAGUGGUCAAUCCUGAAGCAAGCGCCAAAGACAACCGUGAUUGGGUUGAGACUUGGAGAUCGAGCGAGGAGAACAAGAAUAUACUGGCAGAGUUGGACCGAAUCAACCAGGAAACAAGCAAGAUUCCCGUGGAAGACGACACCGGCACGAGUCUGAGUCAGUAUGCAGUUCCGAUUUACACUCAGACAUAUCACACAACCGUCCGCGCCUUUCAGCAGUAUUGGAGAACUCCUGGAUAUAUCCUCCACAAGUUCGGCCUCGGUGUUGCUUCAUCUCUGUUCAUUGGCUUCUCAUUCUGGCAGUCCAACAGCUCUCAACAAGGGUUACAGAAUGUGUUACUGAGUGUGUUCAUGCUUACCACAAUAUUCACGGCAUUGAUUCAGCAAAUCAUUCCUCGAUUCGUCAUUCAGAGGUCGCUCUACGAAGUUCGCGAACGGCCGUCCAGGGCUUACUCCUAUGUUGCAUUUCUCCUGGCCAACAUCAUCGUGGAGAUACCCUACCAAAUUCUGCUCGGGAUCAUGGUAUACGCUUCGUAUUACUACUCGGUUUUUGGCAUACAAUCUUCGGAAAGACAAGGACUUGUCUUGUUAUUCUGCGUACAGUUUUUCGUGUAUGCAAGUACGUUUUCGCAGAUGGUGAUUGCAGCUCUGCCUGACGCAGAGACCGCCGGUAUUAUUGCAACACUAAUGUUCGCCAUGUGUGUUUUGUUCAACGGCGUGCUUCAACCACCGGAUGCGCUGCCGGGCUUCUGGACGUUCAUGUACCGCGUGAGCCCCUUCACCUACAUCAUCGAUGGCAUCGUGGCGACGGCGCUGCACAGCCGCAAGGUCGUAUGCUCGGAAAACGAAAUGAGCAUCUUCUCUCCACCGCCGAACAUGACGUGCGGCCAGUACCUCGCGCCCUACCUCCAGCUGGCGCCGGGCACGCUGUACAACCCGGCGGCGACGAGCAACUGCGAAUACUGCGCGCUGUCGGUGGCGGACCAGUACCUGAGCCCGCGCGGCAUCUCGUGGGGCCUGCGCUGGCGCAACUUUGGCCUCGUCUGGGCGUACGUGGCGUUCGACCUCUUCAUGAUCCCCCUGCUGUACUACACCUUCCGGAUGAAGAAGUGGCACGGCCAGGUCGGGACGAGCAAACGCCGGCGCGGUCUGAACACGGUCUACGGUUGGAUCCGCACGUUUGGCAGGUCUUGUCGGACCAUCCUCAUCGGGCGCUGGGAGAAGCUGCCGCUGGAGAAGCGUGCAGAGAAUCCCCGGAUGUAUUGA